AUGGUUACGCUCAUGUUGGCUGAAAAAAACGAUGAACUACUAAUCAAAAACCACAAUUCCCGACCUACGGCAGCCAAGGCAUUCUCUAAAGUGAAUGCUAUGGCGGUAGAAAAUUCGGAAAGGAGAAACCAGACUAACCGAGGUCGUGGUCGCCGUUUCAACAACAAACGUGGAAAAACUUACAAUCCCAAGUGGAAGAGAUCUAACAAAUGGGUUAGAUCUGAACAACUUCCUAAGGGUAAAAAAACUCAAGAGGAUACCACCCAGAAGCGUGAGACUAUAUGUUACAAAUGUGGAUGUAAAGGACAUUGGUCUCGUACCUGUCGUACUCCUCCACAUCUCUGCAAGUUAUAUCAAGAGUCCAUGAAAGGCAAAGCUAAAGAAGUGAAUCUCACAGAAAACUUUGAAGGGACAUCAUACCUCGAAGCCUCUGAUUUCGCAAAUGAGCUGGACUAA